CCGAGGCCAGGCGCAGGGAGCUCGACACCCAGGACUCGAGGGGUCCCCCGGCGGUGAAAAGGAGACCCCUCUUCCCGAUCCUUUGGCACGCUUGCUUCCCAGAAACUUGGGGGCUGUAGCCCAUCCCCUGCCCACCUUGUGUGCUGCCCACAGGCUGUUUUGGAAAGCACCGCGCUAAAUUUAUCCUGCUUCGGAAUCGUCCCGGCUGGCAGACGCGCCUGUCUUCUCCUUUGCACUGCGGCUUCUGGUCUUUGGGUGCGAUGUGACUUGCGGGAACACCUCGCUUUGGAAGUUUCGCUUAGGAUUUGAAAGUAGCGAUUCGGAGACUCAGCAAAUAACACCUGAGGGCAUCCAAGAAGCCGGCUUAAAGGCUGUCAGGUUUUUUUUCUUCCUUCCUUAGCGUGAGAAGAAGAAGGAAUUGCGGUGUGAUUUUUUUUACCCCCCUUUUGAUUUAAGAGGAUUAUACCAAAAUUUGAUAUUUCAACAAGACAAACGUAAGCUUCAUUGGAUUCUCACCGUCAAGACACGUUCCAAGCUUUCAGAAAGAGUUUUCACUCGAAAAUAAAGACCACCUUACUAACGGCAAAAGAGGACUCGAUGCUCAGAUUUUAGCUGCACUUCCUAAAGUUGCCGAGUUAAGGAAGAUCUUUGAACCCCAGCGGAGCGACGAGUUCGAAAUGAAAAGGAAAGAGAGAAUCGCAAGGCGCUUAGAAGGGAUCGAGGACGCCCAGCCCAUCCUCCUGCAGAGCUGCACGGGGCUAGUGACGCACCGCUUGCUGGAGGAAGACACGCCGAGAUACAUGCGCGCCACGGACCCGUCCAGCCCCCACAUCGGCCGGUCCAACGACGAGGACGAAACUUCAGAUGCUUCUCUAGAAAAGCAAACUCGAUCUAAAUACUGCCCAGAUCCCCCCGGAGAGCCCCCCUACAGCUCAGGCACCAUGGACAGCCGGGGCCUGGAGUCCAAAGCUGAGCGGAUCGCCAGGUACAAAGCGGAAAGGAGACGGCAGCUGGCAGAGAAAUACGGGCUGACUCUGGACUCGGAAGCUGACUCCGCUGAGUAUGUAUCUCGAUACCCCAAGUCCCGGAGGGAGCCUGACGUUCUGGAGAAAAGGGGCGGCAAAGCCGACAAACAGGAGGAUCCGAACAAAGAGGCCAGCUCGGUGUACUCCAGGGCCGAGGCCGGGGGACCCCGGACCUGCGCAGUGGAACCCCAGGACUAUGCCUUCCCCGGGGGUGAACGUGUGUCCCACCAGGAGCUGGUGCUCAAUGUGGAAAACCAGAGAGGAGCUCAGGAGCGCAGUGCCACCGGGCGGGCCCAGGACCUGCCUCCAGCUACGGAGAGUUCCUCCUCCUCCUCCCCGUUCCCUGGGCGAGACCCCUCUUUCAGUGAAGUGCCAAGGUCUCCCAAGCAGUCGCACAGGGGAGCCCCCUCCUCGCCGAAGCAGCCCGCCUCCCCCAGCCACUCCAUUGGCGAUCCCCCAUCCCACAUCCUCGAGGCUCGAGCCAGUGUCGGGAAACCCAAACAUGAGUGGUUUCUCCAGAAAGAUUCCGAAGGGGACACACCUUCGCUUAUCAACUGGCCUUCCAGAGUAAAGGUUAGAGAGAAGUUGGUGAAGGAAGAGAGUGCCCGCAGCAGCCCGGAACUGGCCUCAGAGCCUCAGACUCAGAGGAGCCAUCAGAAGAUGCCCCGGCGCUACCUGCCCUUCCCCUCCGAAAACUCCGCUUUCGAUAGGGUUCCGAGCAAGGCUGUUGGCGCGGCCCGCCAACUGAUCCGUGGCUCCAUGCAACCAGCGGAUCCCAUCCACACCGCCAAGCUGGUGACCACUGUAAACCCUGAGAGGAUCUUGGAGUGCAGCUGGGUGGAACCAGCCCCACCGUGUGUAAUAAAACCAUCCCCUCCAAAGGUCCCCGAAAGUGAGAGAAGGGAUACCCCGGUUCUCCACAUUUAUGAGCCAAAAGCAGAAGAGGAGGAGUACUUCGUAGACGCUCCCGGGAAGAGCAGGAAACCACUUUUGCCUUUGGAGGAUCCGGGACUCCUGAGAAGCCAAGGAGAGGAGGGCUUUGGUGAGCCAACUAUUAUUAGCACACUCACCUUGGGGCAUCAGAAGGAGCAGCCAGAGCACCUACCACAGCCACCGAGAGGCCAGGAGCAGCCCCCCCAGAGAAUGGGCAGGGCGGAGAUGGUGUCCUGUCUUCAGCCUGAGCCUGCAUCCGGAGACACCGGCGUGGCAGAGCCUAAGAAGGAAGUUUCCAGCAGGAAGCGCAAGGUCCUCACCCGCUCCUUCUCUGAUUACACCGGCCCCCCUCAGCUCCCAGCCUCAAAGUCCAAGGACCCCGUUUUCAAGCGGGAAUCCAGGCCAGAGAGUUCGGAAGCCGAAGGGCCCUGUGCAGAGGUGGGCAUGGUAGACACCAAGGUCUCUGUCGCCCAGCUCCGAAGUGCGUUUCUGGAGUCGGCCAAGGCCAGCAAGAAACCCGACCUCCAUCCACGGGCUGAGAGGUCAGCCAAAGGAGUUGGCUCCCCCACCAAUCUCGAAUGGGAGAGAGGGUCCCGGAAACCAAGACGCUAUUUCUCUCCUGGUGAAAGUAGAAAGACUUCGGAGAGAUUUAGAACUCAACCCGUAACCUCCGCAGAACGAAAGGAGUCGGAUAGAUCUACUCCAAAUUCAGAAAUGCCAACUGCUGAGGGUGAAGAAACGGUUGAUGAACGAGCCAAGUUGAGUGUGGCCGCCAAGAGGCUUCUUUUCAGGGAAAUGGAAAAGUCGUUCGACGAGAAAAUCAUUCCUAAGCGGCGCUCAAGAAACUUGGCGGUGGAACAGAGGCUCCGGCGGCUGCAGGACAGGUCCCACACACAGCCCGUCACCACCGAGGAGGUGGUCAUCGCCGCCACCGAACCCAUCCCUGCUUCCUGCUCUGUGGCCACACACCCUGUCAUGGCAGGACUUCCUAGUUCCACUCUAGCUAAGAGCACUGUGCAGCCCACCAGGUUACAGGCAUCCGCUCACCAGAAGGCAUUAGCUAGGGACCAGCCAAACGAGGGCAGAGAUGCUGCUGAACCAGGCGAACCUGAUUCCUCCACGCUCAGCCUCGCAGAGAAGCUGGCCUUAUUUAACCAACUCGCCCAGCCUGUGUCCAAAGCUAUUUCCACCAGAAACAGACUAGACGUGAGGCAGAGGAGGAUGAAUGCGCGUUUCCAGACGCAGCCGGUGACGCUCGGAGAGGUGGAACAGGUCCAGAGCGGCAAGCUCAUUCCUUUUGCACCCACCGUCAACACGUCUGUAUCCACCGUGGCACCUUCCGUCACCCCAAUGUAUGCUGGGGAUCUGCGGGCCAGGCCACCUGUGGACGACAGUGCAAGGGCCACCGACGUCCAGCUCCCUCCCUCGAAGGACAGCACAGAGGCCCCAGUCAGAAGCAUUCUGAAACCCCCAGGGGAGCAAAGGAUGGAUGGUGGGAGCAAAGGAACGUUGUCAAGAGACUCGGAGGCUGGAAGCAAGCAGGUCUCGGCCGAUAGGAACAGUUGGGCUAAAAUGUAUGAGCCCUUAGAGGAAGCAGAAAGCCCCUACGCUGCGCUUCACCGGGCCAGAGAGGGAGAGGCUAAGUGUGCAGCCCCCAGAAAAGGCAGCCUGGAGCCGGUGAACCCUCCCGGGGUUGAGCUGAAGGACCUGUCCACGCCCCAAAGCCCGGCACUGGGGACCCCGGGCAUGAAGGACGGGCUGCCCUUCGAGGAGAGAAUGGAGCUGGUGGAGAGUGUGAUGAGAAGCAGGUUUUCUCUGAGAGCGGAACUGGGCGAGCAGACUGGCACAGAGGCCGGGAAGGCUGUCGUUCCAGCGGCAAGCCCAGCCUCCUGGAAGCAGCAGGAGUCUGCAGAACAUGGACCGGAGCAGCUCUACAAAAGUCCCUGUGCCAUGUUUGCUGCCGGAGAGAUCAGAGCGCCGAUGACAGAGGGCCCUCUGGACUCGCCCAGCAAAACCAUGUCAAUCAAAGAAAGGUUGGCGCUGUUGAAGAGGAGUGGCGAGGAAGACUGGAAGAACAGACUGAACAAGAAGCCGGAGUACAGCAGAGCGUCGGUCUGCAGCAGCCUGCAGAUUCAGGACGCAGCGGAGCAGUCACUCACAAUGAAGGAAGAAGGAGGAUUUACAGAUGAUAAUUCCGUUUCUAAUCUGCUUUGGGAACCUGUGUAUGCUUCUACUUAUUCUCCUGCUAUUCCUGCUGCCCAUAAACACCUGUCUUUUGUCUCUAUUAAUCAGCGGGUCACCGACAGCCGAGAGAGCCAGAUGAGCAUCGAGGAGCGGAAGCAGCUCAUCACGGUGCGAGAGGAAGCCUGGAAGACGAAGGGCAAAGGAGCCGCCAACGACUCCACGCAGUUCACGGUGGCCGGGAGGAUGGUGAAGAAAGGUUUGGCCUCCCCUUCCGCCAUAACUCCAGUUGCUUCACCUGUUUGCAGCAAAACAAAGAGCACCACCCCAGUUUCCAAGCCCCUGGAAGAUAUCGAAGCAAGACCAGACAUGCAGUUAGAGUCUGACCUGAAGCUGGACCGGCUGGAAACCUUCCUCCGCAGGCUGAACAACAAAGUUGGCGGGAUGCAAGACACUGUCCUCACGGUCACCGGCAAAUCCGUGAAGGAGGUGAUGAAGCUGGAUGACGAGGAGACCUUCGCCAGGUUCUACCGCGGCGUGGGUCACCCCGCCCCGAGGAGCCCCGUGGAGCUCGAGGAGGAGGACUUCGAUGUCCUUUUCGAUCCUUACGCACCCAAGUUGACCUCGUCUGUGGCCGAGCACAAGCGUGCAGUCAGGCCCAAGCGCCGGGUGCAGGCUUCCAAAAACCCCCUGAAAAUGCUGGCCGCCCGGGAAGACCUUCUUCAGGAAUAUACGGAGCAGAGAUUAAAUGUGGCUUUCAUGGAGUCAAAGCGGAUGAAAGUCGAGAAGUUAUCCUCCAACUCCAACUUCUCCGAAGUCACCCUGGCGGGGUUAGCCAGCAAAGAAAACUUCAGCAGCGUCAGCCUGCGGAGCGUCAACCUGACAGAGCAGAACUCCAACAACAGUGCGGUGCCCUAUAAGAAGCUGAUGCUGUUGCAGGUCAAAGGGAGAAGACACGUGCAGACACGGCUGGUCGAGCCCCGAGCCUCAUCCCUCAACAGCGGGGACUGCUUCCUUCUCUUAUCUCCACAUUAUUGCUUCCUGUGGGUAGGAGAGUUUGCCAACGUCAUAGAGAAAGCUAAGGCCUCAGAACUUGCGACUUUAAUUCAGACAAAGAGGGAACUUGGCUGUAGAGCCACCUACAUCCAAACUAUCGAGGAAGGAAUUAACACACACACCCAUGCUGCCAAAGACUUCUGGAAACUGCUGGGGGGCCAAACCAGUUACCAAUCUGCUGGGGACCCCAAAGAAGACGAGCUGUACGAAGCCGCCAUCAUAGAGACGAACUGCGUGUACCGCUUGACGGAGGACAAGCUGGUGCCCGACGACGACUACUGGGGGAAAAUCCCCAAGUGCUCCCUUCUGCAACCCAAAGAGGUGUUGGUGUUUGAUUUUGGCAGCGAAGUCUAUGUGUGGCACGGAAAAGAAGUCACCUUAGCUCAACGAAAAGUGGCCUUUCAGCUGGCAAAGCACUUGUGGAAUGGAACCUUUGACUAUGAGAAUUGUGACAUCAACCCACUGGAUCCCGGAGAAUGCAAUCCGCUUAUUCCCAGAAAAGGACAAGGGCGACCUGAUUGGGCAAUAUUUGGCAGACUUACUGAACACAAUGAGACAAUUCUGUUCAAAGAGAAGUUUCUGGAUUGGACGGAACUGAAGAGACCAAACGAGAAGAACGCCGGCGAGCCCAGCCAGCAGAAGGAAGAUCCUCGGGCCGAGGUCAAGCCGUACGAUGUGACCCGGAUGGUGCCCGUGCCGCAGACGGCCACCGGCAGUGUCCUCGAUGGGGUGAACGUGGGCCGUGGCUACGGCCUGGUGGAAGGUGAUGACCGGCGGCAGUUUGAGAUAGCCAGUGUUACGGUGGAUGUCUGGCACAUCCUGGAGUUUGACUACAGCCGGCUCCCCAAGCAGAGCAUUGGGCAGUUCCACGAGGGCGACGCCUAUGUGGUCAAGUGGAAGUUCAUGGUGAGCACUGCAGUGGGGAGUCGCCAGAAGGGGGAGCAUGUGGUGAGGGCGGCCGGCAAAGAGAAGUGUGUCUACUUCUUCUGGCAAGGCCGGCACUCCACGGUCAGCGAAAAGGGGACGUCGGCACUGAUGACGGUGGAGCUGGAUGAAGAAAGGGGUGCCCAGGUCCAGGUGCUUCAAGGGAAGGAGCCCCCCUGUUUCCUGCAGUGUUUCCAGGGAGGAAUGGUGGUACACUCGGGGAGGCGGGAAGAAGAGGAAGAAAAUGCGCAAAGUGAGUGGAGGCUGUACUGUGUGCGAGGAGAAGUCCCUGUGGAAGGGAAUUUGCUGGAAGUUGCAUGUCACUGUAGUAGCCUGCGGUCUAGGACGUCUAUGGUCGUGCUCAACGUCAAUAAAGCCCUCAUUUACCUGUGGCAUGGAUGCAAAGCACAGGCCCACACCAAGGAGGUUGGACGGACUGCAGCGAAUAAAAUCAAGGAGCAGUGUCCCCUGGAAGCAGGACUGCACAGUAGCAGUAAAGUGACCAUACAUGAGUGUGAUGAGGGGUCGGAGCCGCUGGGAUUCUGGGACGCGCUGGGACGGAGAGAUAGGAAAGCCUAUGACUGCAUGCUGCAAGAUCCUGGAAACUUCAACUUCACGCCCCGCCUGUUCAUCCUCAGCAGUUCUUCUGGAGAUUUCUCUGCCACUGAAUUCAUGUAUCCUGCCCGAGACCCCGCUGUGAUCAACUCUAUGCCCUUCCUGCAGGAAGACCUGUACAGUGCGCCACAGCCAGCACUCUUCCUCGUUGACAAUCAUCACGAGGUGUACCUCUGGCAAGGCUGGUGGCCCGUGGAGAACAAGAUCACUGGCUCGGCCCGCAUUCGCUGGGCCUCGGACCGGAAGAGCGCCAUGGAGACGGUGCUCCAGUACUGCAAAGGAAAAAACAUCAAGAAGCCACCCCCCAAGUCAUACCUGAUCCACGCUGGUCUGGAACCCCUGACGUUCACCAAUAUGUUUCCUAGCUGGGAGCACCGGGAGGAUAUUGCCGAGAUCACAGAAACGGACACAGAAGUUUCCAACCAGAUCACGCUGGUGGAAGACGUCUUAGCCAAGCUGUGUAAGACCAUUUACCCGCUGGCCGAUCUCUUAGCCAGGCCACUGCCUGAGGGAGUGGACCCUCUAAAGCUUGAAAUUUACCUGACGGAUGAAGACUUUGAGUUUGCACUAGACAUGACACGAGACGAGUACAGCACACUGCCUUCCUGGAAGCAGGUGAACCUGAAGAAAGCCAAGGGGCUGUUCUGAGCGCCACUGCUGCCGCAGAGAACUCACUGUGGAGGAACCGCCUCUGUCACUUUCAGUUGGACCAGGAAAUCGGAGACUUGGUGGGUGGGUUUUUUUGUCUCUUUGUUUUUGCUUUCUCAGACUGAUAUUUCAAAUAUAUAUAUAUAUUUUUUUUAAUCUGAGUUUUCAAAACCCGAUGUGAUCAGCGUUCUGCUUGUCCCAGAGUUGUGCAUUUUGUAAAUGUUGGAGAGAAUUUGUCAGGAAACGGUCGGUCCGGUUCUGCAAGUAUGGAUACAACCCGAGUCCUUGAGGGGCGGCGCCUCCGCUGCUGCUGCCACUUGUCCAGUUGCUUCACCUAGCCUGUGCCUCUUCCCUUUCGAAGCAGUCCUUCUACAUCAAGUGUUAUUUUGAUAGUUUGUGGAUUCUAAAAUAUAUAUAUAUUUAUAUAAACACCAUAUAAAUCAAGUCUGUAUUUAACAAAGCAAUAUGUACUCAUUCACUUUGAAGAUCUUUUCUUGGUGUCAAAUUUUCUGGAGAGGUAGAUGGAGUUGCUUCUGUUGAGUUAGCUCUGCCACUAGUAUGUGUCCUCACCCACACAUUCGGAAGCGCUUCCUCCAGCAUUCGGGAUGACUUGUUCUGAGUACUGCUUCCGGUGCUAAAAUGAACAAAGAAUUUGUACUUAAUGACAUAGAUCCAGAAGAAUCUAUGUGACUCAACCUAUCUACCUUAAUAACACCCCCAAAAAUGUAUAGUGCCUUGUUUUUAAUGUACAGUUUAUAUACAGAGAAGUUUGGUCUGCCUUUUUGACGACGGUUUGGAACACGAGCUAUCAUUUUACUCUAAAGCAAGAGAAAUAAAGACAUCUCAAUUUCUAAGA